AGGAAGCGGCCUCCUUCGCCCUAUCUUGCAUCUGCGUAGUUGGUGUUAUUGUGAUUCCAGGGCCACGGCCCCGGAUGUUGUGGUGGCCCAGGGGGAGAUGGCGGAACCUGAGGGGGUGGCCGCGGCCCCUGGCCCAGCUUCUGGGUCCGCUUUGAGGGGCCGCCGUGCCCCGCCAGGCUCCGGGGAGCGGGAUCAGCAGGUUGAGGCGGCGCAGCGGGCCCUGGUGGAGGUGCUGGGGCCCUACGAGCCUCUACUGAGCCGGCUGCAGGCAGCCCUGGUGUGGGAGCGGCCAGCUAGGAGCGCCCUGUGGUGCCUGGGGCUGAACGCGGCUUUCUGGUUCUUUGCACUGACUUCCCUUCGUCUUGUGUUUUUGCUUGCAUUCAGCUUGAUGAUUAUUGUGUGUAUAGAUCAGUGGAAAAACAAAAUCUGGCCUGAAAUAAAAGUGCCAAGAUCCGACGCAUUAGACAAUGAGAGCUGGGGCUUUGUGCACCCUCGGUUGCUCAGCGUACCCGAGCUCUGCCACCAUGUAGCUGAAGUCUGGGUUAGUGGGACCAUUUUCAUAAGGAAUCUUUUGCUUUUCAAAAAGCAAAACCCAGGCAAGUUCUGCUUGCUGAGCUGUGGGAUACUGACCUUCUUGGCUGUCUUGGGGAACUAUGUCCCUGGCCUGCUGCUGUCCUACUUAAUGCUUGUCACUGUCAUGAUGUGGCCCCUUGCUGUGUACCACCGACUGUGGGAUCGAGCAUAUAUACGGCUGAAGCCAGCUCUUCAGCGGCUGGAUUUCAGUGUUCGUGGCUACAUGAUGUCCAAACAGAGAGAAAGACAAUUACGCCGCAGAGCUCUCCACCCCGAGGGAGCCGUGGACAACCACAGUGACAGUGAAGAGGAGCUUGCUGCCUUCUGUCCUCAGCUGGAUGAUUCUGCUGUUGCCAGGGAGUUGGCCAUCACAGACUCUGAGCACUCGGAUGCAGAGGUCUCCUGUACAGAUAAUGGCACAUUCAAUCUUUCCAGGGGCCAGACACCUCUAACAGAAGGCUCUGAAGACCUGGAUGGUCACAGUGAUCCAGAGGAAUCCUUUGCCAGAGACCUUCCAGACUUCCCUUCCAUCAAUGUGGAUCCUGCUGGCCUGGAGGAUGAAGACGACACUAGCAUUGGGAUGCCCAGCUUGAUGUACCGUUCCCCACCAAGGGCUGAAGAACCCCUGGCCCCUCCUGUAAGCCAGGAUGAGGCUGCUCUGUCAGGGCUUCUGCUUGGUGCCCUGCCUGCAGGCUCUAACCUCACCAGCAACCUUGCCAGUCUGGUCUCCCAGGGUAUGAUCCAACUGGCCCUGUCAGGGGCAUCCCAGCCGGGCCCUUCAGGCCACGCUCCCCGAAGAGCAACAAGAGGCUUCCUCCGGGCCCCCAGUUCAGACCUGGACACUGAUGCGGAGGGGGAUGACUUUGAACUUCUUGACCAGUCAGAGCUGAAUCAGCUGGACCCUGCUAGUUCCAGGAGCCACUGAGGCAGAGACUUUGGUCGGGGGGCACUGUGGUUUACUUUUUUUCUUUUCCUCCCCAUCUUUUUAGGAGAAGGGGCAAGGGAAGACUCCAGGUCCCAUCCCCUGAAUUAUAUUUGUAUGCUGGAUGGCCUGGCUGAUGCUCCGAGGCCUGCUUAGAGAGGAUAUUCCCCUGCUAUCAGUUGGAUAUCAUAUGAUUUCAGAGAUUGAUAUGAGAGUUAGUGCCCCAAGGGAGGACUCUCUCCAUCUUGGUGGUACUUUUGGGGAACAAAGUAGUCAGGGGUAUUGUUUCCCCUUGAGGGGUGCUGCUGUUUCCUUUCUGGUAUGGGUGCUCGGGGGGGCCCUCACUGAGAGAAGAGCCCUGUCCCUCCCUUCUUUUUAUCAACUAGAGCCUCCAAAGUCAGACAACAGCUAGAAGAGUUACAAUGCUGUCCUCUU